AUGGAGACCUUAUGGAAUUUAGAGGACAGAUUGAACCUCACGACUCGAAAGGCCGUCUCGUUUUUCGCAUGCACGGCUCUACUAACGUUCGGCGUGUGCCUAACCAUGGUUUAUUUUCGGAGGAAAAUCCUCGACUCGCGCGCUAGCAUUCACCAAGAGCCAUGCACGAACGAGCCAUUGGACAGGCAAAGGCAUUUUGGCCGGUGCUCGGUGGUUCGGGCCUUGAUGCAGGCCCUUCGGUGGAGCGGGCCGAGCUCGUGGGCUAGCGGGCUUAGGGGGAGCCGGAGGUCGGAGGCUCCAACUUCCCUUCUGGUGAAGAAGUGUAAUAUCGCGGGUGAUGUGGGGUGGCAGAGCAAUAACUCGACUUCCGCGGUUUGGAAAAAGCCGAUACUUAUGGGGGAAAAGUGCGAAUUCCCGAGAUUUAGUGGGCUCAUUUUGUAUGACGAGAGGGGCGCGCCACUUGAUCAGCAGGGUGAGCUAGGGACUCUGCAUAAACAGGAGAUUUCAGCUGCAGCAGUGAGAACUACUCUAAGGGACUUGUUGUGA